CCAAUUAUGACGCUUUUUCUCGACGCACCAAUGAAUAAUGAAUUUAGAUUUGUGUAGGUGUAGCUAGUCAGAGAAAAGGGAGAAGACAGAGCCUGCUGUAUUGUCGCGCAUGCUGUGAUACGGAAGACCAAAGCAAGCUUCCACGAAGGCAGAAAGUAGAAGUACUCUUGUUACUGACUAUUGCAAAUGAUGCGUACUGCUCGACGCAGCCACGUCACCCACGCGCUAUUGUAGUUGCGGCGACAAAGACAAACGAACAUUGAGGAGUUGUACGGGCCGCGUUUUCACAUCCGAUCUUGUUGUCUCUAGUACAAAAAUUGCGUGAAAAUCGUCGUGUUAACCCGCAACGAAAAGUGGAAGUACCAGAAGUAGUUUCUGUUGCAUCUUCUUCGACCGGCGGAAAAAUGGGGAAGAAAGAAUUCAUAUUACAAUGAAAAAUGCCCCCUCCCCAUAUCAAAACGGAUAGCUGUGAUGCAGAUUUGUGGUCACAAAUCAGCUUUGUGAUGCUAGAAGGCAAGAGAUGCGGACUGUAGUGCUGUCUAGCGUGGGAAAGCCUUGCAGCUCCAGGAUGACAGGAGGCAACUGGAAGUGGGAAACAGCAUGACAGAUUGCCUGCAAUUUAGGCCGCAGCUUCGUCUCUUGGCCAUCUAGCAAUACAAGUUGAUUUGUGUACUCAAAUACAGCAUCACAAAUUCGCGCAUCUUCCGUUUCCGAUAUGGGGUAGGGGCUUUUUUCACUUUGAUAAUUCAGCAAGGACUACUUCGCCAAGGGGCAGACGGAGACGGCGAGUCGGUUUGAUAUCAAAUGUAAAAAUGUCUGGGUCUGGAAGAAUGCAACUUGUCAUGCUGAUUUUGGAUUCUAAAAAAAUCUGUAUUGCAUGAGCAGCAAAGAGAGUCCAAAUUUUGCAGCACGGAAAGAGCAUUUGUCAUGCGGAAUAGGCAUCAGGAAGCCCUCUAAAAAUCUGUGAUGCUAGGGCAUGCGUCACAGACUUGAGGAGUCAUGCAAAAUGUGCAUGACAAACCCGGCAAUCUUCCAGACCCAGACAUUUUUACACUUGAUAUUUGACUUCAUCAAGCAAUUUGUGGUGAUAAAACUGGUCUGUACCGGCGUCUACGUCUGGGGCAUGAUGAGCACCACCUGGCACCAGUCUCCGUUCAAAACUCCCUUUACUCACACAGCAAGGGUACUAUCAAGUCGAUCGAAAAAUUUUUCAUCGUCCAAUGCUGAAACGAUAGCACCCAAUCCUACUACGUUCGUACAUAGAUGGAUGCGUAAAAUAAAUAGGAUGGAAUUUUUUCAAAUACAAAUGAUCACCAAGGGAAGCAAACAAAAAACAAAUCCUUUCAACAGUUGCAGUACGGCCCGCUGUUUGGCGAGAUGCGGGUGAUUUGCAAGAGUGAGCUGUCUCAGCAGAUUGACCAGAUGCGGCCCGGAUUCAAGAAGAACCUGGCGGAUAUUCUCACGGGGAAAGAUAUGGGUGUGUCAGGAUCGAAAUCGACAACGUUGAAAUAUUAAUUUGUGAUGCAUAAAACGGAUACCAAUUGGCGCCAAGUUUCCAAGUAGCGCAUGACAAAUUUGGGUAGAACCUAAAUCCAGUUUGCCAUGUUGUUUGGGUAAGGGCGACGCCUUUUGUCAUGCUACUUUAGCAGCUCGAUUACGAUUUCUACACCUCAACAGGCUUACAGUCUGCCUGUGUUGCCUAUUCUGCAAGGCAGGCAUUUUGUGGGGUGCAUUUUAUGCAUGACAAACUUUUCCAACUUUGACGAUUUCGAUUCUGACGCUUCCAUAAAAGACUUCAGCAAAAUGGCGAUUUUUACAGACAACCCGAAAGGCCUGAACCUUGGGGAGAUGCGGGAGGUGUUUUGCGGAGAGGUCUUUCAGCACCUAAAGGGCGGAAGUCUAAUCUCGGUCUACCAGAGCACGCAGGCAGCCUUAGGACUACUCCCCGGGUUCGGGAACUGGCUCGGGAAGGAACUGCAAAGGGACGUCGGAUGGCUGCUGAUAAUAGGAAGUAUUUGAAAUACUUUCGUUUUUCUUUUCUGCAGCAUUUAUUGUUAUUCAGAAGGUAGAAAUGAAUCGAAAGUCGUUUUGCAUACGUUUAAUCUACCAAAAAAAAUCUUUCACCAAACAGUGUUUUUCUGUGGGAUGCUUUGCGUCCACUUUUUCCUGCUGUUUCUGGGGUUCUGCAUGCUGCAAGUGUACUGGAAAACAAGACCAUCGCCGACCAUCCGAAUCUGGGGCUGUCGGAUGAUUCCCGCAGCCACCUACCUAGUCACCGUCGGGCAUUUGGCCUACAUCUUCCUCCCAGUGAAUAGUUUCACGCUCGCCGAGAAAUACACCACCAUCAUGACCGCAGGGCUUUACCAGUACAUACUUCUAUCUCAGAUUUGUUUUUGAUAUUUGGGACAAUUCGCUUUUCUUUUUGUUCCGACCACCUUGUAAUAAUGAAGGAUCGCAGGUACAGGUAGAAAUGAUUUUGGGUGAAGUAGUAGAGAAGCUAAGCAGAAGAUGCAGAUGCACAUCAUCGAAUUACAAUUACAGGUUCUUCACCGGCGGGAAGAUGACGAACGAAGCGUUUUUUCUGGACUGCGGCAAGGCGUUUCUGUACGUGACCACGGCGAUUUUGGUGGAUAUCUUCUUCAGCACCUGGUUCGUCUACUCUUUUCCGCUCCACCCCAAGGAGCGCAAGGACGAGAAGCUGCGGGGGGAGGACGCGCAGCUGGACGCCAUGGAGAGAGCUUACGACAACGCGUACCAAGUCGACGAGGCACACGACGGCGACUAUUUCGACGACCCGCUCGCGGAGUUUGAAAACAUGCAGGGCGACUACGGCGGGGCCACCGCGCACAAGCACUUCAACAAAAAAAGCUAGGCAAAAAUAUUUGGAAAAAGAAUGAAAACUCUACUCACUGUACUAAAAAAAAUGAAAUUAAGACUGCCUUACUUGUAAUUUCAACUUGACCGCCACCGCUUCGUUUUUAAAUUGCAACAUCCGAGAUGAUCGAUAUUUGACAUGAGGAUCAAGUACGACCUAAGUAAUGUCCAUAGACCGCCACGACUUGUUGUCCAAAUUGAAUCCAUAUCUAUCAUGUACGAUACUAGGGAUCUUUUCGAAAUUAGCAAAACUACACUUUGUACAAAUAAUAUCUUCAAACAAAGUAUUAUUCCUCGCCUACGGCUUCUUGUACCAUAAUGCUGCAGUGAUAUUAAACCGUAAAGCAUGCUUUUGCUAGUGCUUCCAGACUGUAAAAACGGUUGCACGACCCUGUACAAAAAGAUGCUUUAAGAAGUUGCACGAGAGCGCACAAAUGAGGAAGUCCACCCAGCUAGAAAGUAUUACACGGGGGACGUCGAAGAUGUCUCGCAAUAAAUCAGGAUCACCUUCGUGUUUGAUCAAGGUCUCGUGAGCAGGCUGCACAAAGGUUCUGAAUGAUCUCCGAUCCCGAAGAUACGGCUGGAAGUAGAUUCAAUAUUGAUACUUGAUGCAAUCGAAUAGAGAAUUCGAAAUAGAUAUCAAUCGAAUAGAGAAUUUCAAUAUUGAUAAGGAUGAUUGAAAUUGAUGCAGAUGCUUGCAGGCUGGGC